GGCGCGCUCGGCGCGCCUGGGGCCGCUGAAUCCCCUGCUGGAGCGCGGGCGCACCAGCGGCUAAUCGGCCGAUUGCCGUCGGGGCCCUGCCGCGCUGGGCGCCUGCAGCACGGCGCGGGCCCGCGGGCGCCAGCGCACCCGGCGCCUCGGCGGCGCUGGGCGGCCUCGUCCCCGCGCCUGACGUUGCUGGUCGCGCCCCACAUCGCCCUCGGCUGCGGCGUCCUGGUGAAGGCGCGCGGGCGCCGCAGCGGGCAGGGUCUGCUGGUGCGAGCUCCUGCCCGUUGUACCCGCAAGGCCCUCCAGGCAGUGGAGCAGGGCGAGGUGGCGACCGCGUCGCCGGCCGAAGAGGCGCAGCCCGAGGACACCGCGGACGUGAACGUAGACGGUUUCGACGAAGUCGCAUCUGAGUUGACAGCGAGCGACAUUGCGUUGCAGAUUGCUGUGAAAGCCUGGGGCGACGUGUCACCCGACUUCUUGCCGAAACAGUUCAAUACGCUCCACCCGCCGUGGAUGGAGGCCGCGACGGCUCGCGACGCGAACAUGAGCGAGGAGCUCCCGGACGACCAGGACGAGCGGCCCUCCAGCGAGGGGCUGCCCAUCCACGAGCACCGCGAGGACAUCAAGGUGGCCAUGCAGUCACAGCGUGUCACCGUGCUGGUCGGCGGCACUGGUUGCGGCAAGUCCACGCAGAUGCCGCAGUACAUCCUUGAGGACUGCGCCGCUAGGGGCGAGGUCGCGAACGUCAUGGUGACGCAGCCCCGGCGCAUGGCCGCCGUGACGCUCGCUCGCCGCGUCGCGCGGGAGCGCGGCGAGAAGACUGGGACCGAGGUUGGUUGGAGAAUACGCGGAGAUACGAAUCCUGGCAGACAGCUCUCGUUUGCAACUGCUGGGUACCUCCUCUCCUGGUUCACCGUGGACCCGUCGGUGUUCGGGGACCUCACGCAUAUUGUCCUCGAUGAGGCCCACGAGCGCACGGCUGACAUGGAGCUGCUCAUUUUGCUCGUGCGUCUGUUGAUGCGCUUCUACCCAGGUCCCCGGCUGGUGCUCAUGUCCGCGACCAUUGACACCAGUCUCUUCGUUGAGUACUUCCAGGAGUUCGCGCAGCCGGCGGGGGUGCCCCUCCGGCCGCUGACGGUAGACGGCCGCCUCUUCCCGGUGGAGACGCUGCACCUCGAGGACCUGGCGGAGGGCAGGGCCCCGCGCGGCGGCCGGCUGCCGGAGGACGUGCAGAGGCUGGCCGCCAGGAGCGUCCCCAAGGUGUUUCAGGGCGCUCGCGUCGCCAGGGACAACAUCAAACCGCGCGUGUGGAGGGAGCUCGAGGAGCUCGCAGUCGCUCUGGUCCCGGCAGUGGCUGAGGCGGGCUCGACGAUGCUCGUAUUCAUCUGGAAGGGCCCAAAGAGGCACGAGGAUGCACCUGGUGCGUGGGCGCGGUCUUCGCGAGUCGGUGCUGGGCCCCCCGCCCUACACCCCCUCUCCGGCGCGCUCUGGACGCGUUGCUUGGGGGUGUGGAUAUCCAGGCAACCCAAGUAG